AUUCACAAACGGGCGGGCCUUACAGAAGUGAAGGAAGAGGCGAGGUCUGCUAUUACUGCACCGGCGGAGCUGCUGAAGUCGCUUCCCUUUCCUUUCCGGUCGCUGCUGCCGCCAUCGGUUGGAGUGAAUCUCCCGCGUACUGCAGCCGUAGCGCUUCGGCUCCCGCCUCGCUUGCCCUGGGACCCAUUUCUUGCUCCGUCCUGUCGCGAAGGAGGCGACAGCGCAGAAGGGGAAAGAGGCCGAGAAGGUCACCAGCCCUGCACUGACUGGCCUCUUCUACUUUCACAUUCUUUCUGUGUCAGAGCUGCUGUGCCGAGGAAUUCUCUGGGUGGCUUCGCUGUGUCGAGCAGCCUGCUUACCUCGCCGCCACCGCGAGCAGCGUCCAGGAGAGGCCUCAGCGCCGGGGUGACUUUGGGGAGGAAGGUGAAUCAGGCAAAAUGGUACAUGCAGAAGCCUUUUCUCGCCCUCUAAGCCGGAAUGAAGUUGUUGGUUUAAUUUUCCGGUUAACAAUAUUUGGUGCUGUGACAUAUUUUACCAUAAAAUGGAUGGUAGAUGCAAUUGAUCCAACAAGGAAGCAAAAAGUAGAAGCUCAGAAACAGGCAGAGAAGUUAAUGAAGCAGAUAGGCGUGAAAAAUGUAAAGCUUUCAGAGUAUGAAAUGAGCAUUGCUGCACAUCUUGUAGACCCUCUUAGCAUGCAUGUAACAUGGAGUGAUAUUGCAGGUUUAGAUGAUGUUAUUACAGACCUGAAGGACACAGUCAUCUUGCCCAUCAGGAAGAAACAUUUGUUUCAGAACUCCAGACUCCUGCAGCCACCAAAAGGAGUACUUCUCUAUGGCCCUCCAGGCUGUGGUAAAACCUUGAUUGCCAAAGCUACAGCAAAGGAAGCAGGCUGUCGGUUUAUUAAUUUGCAACCAUCAACGCUGACAGACAAAUGGUACGGGGAAUCUCAGAAGCUGGCGGCUGCUGUCUUUUCCCUUGCUAUGAAGCUACAACCUUCUAUCAUCUUUAUUGAUGAAAUAGAUUCCUUCCUACGAAGUCGUUCAAGUUCUGAUCAUGAAGCCACAGCUAUGAUGAAGGCCCAGUUCAUGAGUCUCUGGGAUGGUCUGGAUACAGAUUAUAAUUGCCAAGUGAUAGUGAUGGGAGCUACCAAUCGUCCUCAGGAUCUUGAUUCAGCUAUUAUGAGAAGAAUGCCUACAAGGUUUCAUAUCAAUCAACCUGCACUGAAGCAGCGAGAAGCAAUCUUGAAACUGAUUUUGAAUAAUGAAAAUGUGGACAGACAUGUUGACCUCCUUGAAAUUGCUAAAGAAACAGAUGGAUUCUCAGGAAGUGACUUGAAAGAAAUGUGUCGCGAUGCUGCACUCCUCUGUGUCAGGGAAUAUGUUAACGCUGCAUAUGAAGAAAGUCAUGAAGAUGAUGAGAUUCGGCCAGUGCAACAGAUUGAUCUGCACCGAGCAAUUGAGAAGAUGAGAAAGUCCAAGGAUGCAGGAAAUCAGAAUGUUCUAAUGCAUGUUAGUUUAGAUUAAGGCUAAGGAACAUUUUUGUGUGUUCCAGUGUGGCCUCAUUUGGUAUUUGGUUAUGUAAUUUAGAUAGCGGACAUGAUUUGGGAGCAGAAAUAGCCUUUUAAUGUGUUUCUGGAACUGUUUUUAUAUGAUGAUAAUCUUAAGUUAUUGAAAUCUAGUACACUUGCAAAAUUGGAGGUGGCCUCUGUAAUAGAUCAUGACAUGGAAGAAUGUAGUUCAGUUCAAAAGCAAUGUCCUGUUUCAUUGUUGCAGCCUUAAAAGCCUGUUGAUAGGUUCUGGUGUGGCACAUUGUUUCUGUGGGGAGGGGAAGCAGAGUCCAAUAUAUAUAUAUAUAUAUGAGAGUAAGUGAGUGUGUGUAUGAUAUGUGUAUAUAUAUCCACACUGUUUUUUAUAUAUAGACGUGUAGAUAACUUGAAUAUGAAAAGCUUUUCUCUCUUUUUUUCCUACUUAAUUGCUGGAUCAAACCAAAUCAGAGGAUUAAAAAAUUCAAUACACAUUUAUGUACUUUGUUCUUGUACCUUAGCACAAAAGGCAGAAAUCCCACUUUUGGAAAGAACUUUCUGGAAUGUGGACAAAUCUGUCUAUUCUUUUCACUUUAACUCAUGGAAUCCACUGGUGCCAAUUGGUCUAGCUAGAAAUCUUAUAUAAGAUUCAUUAACAUCUUGAUCUGUAUAUGAAUGCCAUUAACUGUUUUUAUUUUUGAAUGUUUUUUACACAGUCAGGAUUAACUAUCGUGGAACAUUGCUAAUUAAUUAUUGCCAAAAAAUUAUUUUUCUAUUUCUGAAUUGUGAAUAUUUUCCUCUUUGAUUUAAUAUUAAAGACUGGAAGUCUUCUGUUGCGAA